GACGUAGACAAGUCUAUAUAUCUAUAGCAAGUCUAGCUUUUUGAAUUCGAUACCCACAUCACAACAUUCAAAAUGCGCACACCGCACACCGUUCUCACUGUUCUCAGUUUAGGUUAGCGCGUUGUUGUAUAGUGUACAGUAGUGUAUUGUGUUGUCUGCUGCUAAAGUGGUGUGUGAAGUGAACGCAUGGAUCAUCCCCUAUUUGGGAUUUAAUCGAAUUCUGAAUAAUCAUUAUUUUAUGCCAGAUUUCUGAAAAAUUCCAAUAGAGCAGGAUGACGAAACAAGUGACGUCGCCUGUGUCUGACACGUGUCUGAUGACUCCGACCAGCGACACGGCACCGAUCGGGGACGACAAAGUCCGCAUGAAGAAGCAGCUCGGCUUACUGGAGGGGGUCGCCAUCAUACUGGGAAUUAUUUUUGGCUCCGGAAUUUUCAUAUCGCCGAAAGGAGUCAUACAGGAAGUGGGUUCAGUUGGCCUGUCGUUGGUAGUAUGGGCGAUGUGUGGAGUGCUGUCUAUGAUAGGCGCUCUCUGUUACGCCGAACUGGGCACUUCGAUUCCCAAGUCGGGUGGAGACUAUGCCUACAUCUAUGAGGCGUUUGGACCACUGUUCGCAUUCCUCUACUUGUGGGAUGCCAUGCUCAUAUUUGUUCCCACGACAAAUGCAAUCAUGGGCCUGACAUUUGCCAAAUACGUCAUCGAUCCAUUCUUCCCGGAAUGUCCUCUACCGGAAGUGUCAGUGCGCUUUAUUGCUGCAUGUGCCAUUUGUUUUUUCACUUUCAUGAACUGCUACAAUGUGAAACUGACAUCAAACAUCCAAAACUCAUUCAUGUUUGGAAAGACUGGUGCUUUGGCAUUGAUCAUAAUUGUCGGAAUAGCCAGUUUCUUCAUGAAUGACGUCAAUAAUUUUGAUGCGCCUUUUCAAAGGAGUACGUUUUCUCCGGGACCAAUCGCAGUUGCCUUUUACUCUGGUAUAUUUUCAUAUUCGGGAUGGAAUUACCUAAACUUUAUGACUGAGGAAUUGAAAAAUCCGUAUGUAAAUCUUCCUCGUGCGAUCUACAUCUCCCUGCCUCUAGUAACUCUGACAUACGUUCUUGCCAAUGUUGCCUACCUUGCAGUUCUUUCGCCCGAUGAGAUGAUUGCAUCAAAUGCUAUUGCUGUCUCGUUUGGCUACAGAACACUGGGAGUUUUGUCAUGGAUAAUGCCGUUGAUGGUUGCUAUGUCAGCUCUUGGAGGCCUCAGUGUCCACAUCAUGACUUCUUCAAGGAUGUGUUUUGUUGGAGCCAGAUAUGGUCAUUUCCCUGCAAUGUUGUCACAUUUGAAUAUCAACAAACUGACUCCGAUGCCUUCACUUGUGUUUUUAAAUAUUCUGUCGCUAUUGAUGCUUUGUACGAGCGAUAUUCAUUUGCUAAUAACGUACGCGAGCUUCGUGGAGUCGUUCUUCUUGCUCUUGUCAGUGAGCGGAUUGCUCUGGUUGAGAUACAAAAAACCAAAUAUGCAUCGACCAAUCAAGGUCUCGCUAAUCGUGCCAGUGACUUUUGUAAUUCUGUGCAUUUUCCUUGUGAUCUUCCCGGUGUUUUCUGCACCUUAUGAGGUUCUAAUGGGAGUACUGAUCACAUUGACUGGCAUUCCUGCCUAUUACUUCGGCGUUGUAUGGAAAGAGAAACCCUCGUGGUUCACAAAUGCUCUGGAUGGAACAACAGCCUUCGUUCAAAAGCUGUUCAUGUCUGCCAAAGAAGAAGGGGUGGAGGGAUUCGAUUAGCAGCAGUCGUCUGCAGUCGGAGGUUUGGUGACAAUAAACGUCUUUCGAAUAACGCGUUACACUGCGUUACAUGCCUUUAUUUAUUGGAUUUAAGUGUCUUGCUAGAAGUGAUAAGACGAGGAUAUCAAAGAUGGAUCGUUUCUAAUAAUUUUUAGUCUCUGACUGAAUUUGAUUGUUUUAAACAGUGUAUAGACAGGUAAUUGUUCUAAAAAUAAGGCUACAGAUAGGUUUUGUGGAAUUAUCAUUCUUCAAAUUAUAUUGUUUUAUACCGUUACAUAGUUGCGGUAGUUGUUUUAAAAAUAUGGUUACAAAUCUGUCUUCUAGGAUUUUUUUAAUGUUUACUCAGGUUUUCAACAAAAAUGAGUAUAUAAAUAUGUUUUAUUAUUAAAUGCAUAAUCAUGCAUAGCAGGCAUGAUAUGAGCACUCAAUCUUGGCUAUUCAGGGGUUUUCUUUGUUUUAUACAAGUAGAAUAUUUUUAAAAUCUAGCUAAAAGUCACAAGAAAUAUUAAAGCUGACUACUCUCUGCUAGAAUACACACUUUCUGUGUACUCCAAAAUCAGUAUGUAUCAAGGAUUUUUGUACAUUUAAGUGUACUCCAAAAUCAAUAUGUAUCAAGGAUUUUUGUCCAUUUAAAGUAUUCAUUUUUCCAUCGUGCUUACAAAUUUAUGAGUUUUUUGUUAGUCUGAAUAUGAAUCUUCCUGAUCUAGAAAUCAGCUCCCAGAAAUGAGUGUAUUAUUUUUUGUUAACAAUCUAUUUUUAGAUCUUCAGUAUUUUUUCAUUGGUUUAGGUAUUAUUGAAGAUCGUCCAAUUAGUUUUAGAUUUGCUUAGUUUACCAAUAUUUGAGCCCUUUUCAUGACUAAUAUGAUCCCGCGAUAAUAUUAUACACGUUUUAGAUAUCUUUCUCAUCCUUGAAGACAGUGUUCUUUUAGUUCUUUAAACUCCACGUUUUUAAAACUUAAUUUGAUUUUACUGCAUUUAAUACAGCGUGCCAAACCAAAUUGUAGGAAUAUUUUCUACUGAGAAUUUGGGAAUAAUUCAAAUUUAUUUCUUAUCAUUUUCUAUCUAGUUUUUACAGUUAUUCUAGGCUUGAUUAUUCUUUUCAAUUUACCAUGUAUUAGAACAUUUUUAUACUACUUAUUUAUAUCAUUUGAUGCGUAUCAUUUACGCAGAUAUUUUCCCCAUCUCGUUAUACACUGAAGACAACUUUUUAAAUCCAACUAGUUCCUAUUAGAUUACAGUAAUAUAAUCUUAUCAAAAAAUGAAGUAAAUUAUUUUAAUCUUAACGCGGUAAUCUGGAUGUCAAUGCAGUACUUUUAUGUCUAUGCAAAUGUAAAAUAUAUAUUUUUUAUUAAAGACAUCUUUUAGUUUCAAGCUCAUCAGCAACUCCCCCAUGAGCAAGAGAGUUUUUCAAAUUCAAUCCGAUUGAAUGUAAAGUCAAUAUUAUAAAUUAUUGUUUUAUUUAUUCAGUUAUUUAGAAUUAUACAACUUUGGUUUUGUUUGAUUCUUCAUGAUUUUAAAGUAUUUAAUUUAGUUCGCAACGUCAGUUGACAAGUUAAAUAAUUUAUUGAAUAAUAAUUAUAAAAUGAAUUACAAGUGCCUGAAUGUGUAGGACGAAAUUUCUAGGUUACCUUUUAAAUAUUUUAACUGAACAUUGGAGCUAGAUGGAAUAAUUUCUGUGAUUGCUAUUUAUUUUAAUAGUUUGUAAUUAUUUUAAUGGUGAAGAAAAUAUUUUAAUUUAUUAUUUUUAAUUAACCUGAGUCCAAUCUGAAAAUAGUUCAUUGCUAGUUAAAAAAUUAAACUAAUUUCGCUCCACUCGAAAUCAUUAAGAUUGACAAACUCCCAAUAGAGUUUUUAAUCAAGGUUAUUGUAAAAUAAUUUGUGUUCUGAUCUACUUAAAAUCUUUUAAUUAGGCAUACUACUGUUUUGUUUGAUUGUAUUAGUUUAGAUUAGCGUAUAGUUACUGUAGAUUAAACAAUUCUAUCAAGUUUGUUGUUUAGUAAUGUUGGAGAAUUGAUCUGUAUCAAUGUAUUAUUUUUAUCAUGUAUUUUAUUCAUUUACCUUUUAUUGAAAUAGAACUUUUUAUAAGAAGUAUCAUAAAUAAGUGCAUCAAUGAAAUGUUUAAACUAUUUUUUAUAAAUUCAUUCCAUUACAGUUGAGAAUUCAAUCCCACUACCCAAUUUUAUAAAUACUACUUUGAAUGGUAAUUUUUCCAUGGUAAUGCUAAGUGAAGUAAACAGAAACUAAUAGAGUUAUGACAAUAACUGAAAACACAAACUUAUUUUAAGUAAAUAUCUCCAAAUUUAGGAGAUAUUAAUUUUUUCAUAUUAUAUAAAUCGGAACGUUAUUCUUAGCAUUUUGUAAGUUGCCAGGUAGUAGAAUCCAAUAUGUGAAUGAACAUGUAAUAGGCUAAUAUUUGAAUAGUGAAAUUUAUUAAGUACAGUACUUUUUAGAAUUGUAUGUUAUCCGCUUUAAAAAUAAUAGUGUACAAUUUUAAUUUUCACAUUGAAAUUAAAAUGUAAAGCUUUGUCAUUGAGAAACAUACUCACAUCUGUUGAGAAAACUUGUUUUUAAAUUUGGCACCCAUAAUUUAUAUUUUUAAAGAUUUUUUAAAAUUAUUUUGAAAGAAUUUACUGUCAAUAUUUUUAUUAAAUGUGAGUCUUCCAACAACAUUAGUAAAACUUGAAAAAAUGACAAUUUUGGAUAAGUUAUCCAUAAGAAUUAUCAUGAUAAGCAGUAUUUUUUGUUUUAGAAUGAAUAAACGACUUCAAGUUUUUAUUGUUUGUGAACUAUAAAAACCGGUUUUGAAUCAUGGUAUACUCUACUAAAUUAUAUAUUUAUGUAAAUGUAUACUUUAGUAAUACGUUGAUAAUUUAGCAAUAAUGUAAAGUAUUGUUACAGCAUCUUUUUAUUUAUUAAGCUAUAUUAAAAGCAUCUGUUGAUCAGUAUGAUGGUUACAAUGUUUUCCUCUACUUAUAAGUUACUUUUUAGAGUUAAUCAAACAAUGAAAUGUCUUCAUUUUUGAAGAAAUAAAAUCAGUAAUUUGUGAU